AUGUCCAAACUGUUCGCAGUGACAGGCCAGAACAAUAAACGCAACGCUGGAAAACGAUCAGUCGACACGGAAAUUCUUCUGCGAGAAGUGCAGUCCAAGGCAAGAGACUCGGAUCGAUAUGCGAUGUCUGUGUCAAGGAUGAACUAUUUACAUGCUCGAUACCGCCGCGCGAACAAGAUCACCGACCCCGACCUACUUCACACUCUCGGCGAUGGUCUUACCGAGAUAAUCAACGUAGUCAACAGAGACGAAUGGCGCACGCUGACCGAUGUCGAAGUAUGUGCUCUAGGAAUCUUCCACAAGAAUCUAGCAGAAGACAUGGGCAUUCCUUUUGAUCUUCUACCCUCGUGUAAAGAAGGCUGGAGGAACGGAUUUCACUUUGCAAUGGAGCUCAGAGACUGGACUGUUCAAUACGAAGAGGAGGUCUGUAAACCAGUGCCGACAAAUGAUCAAUACGUCAGAGUCUAUGUCGACUCUGCCUUGUCUUCUGUACCAAGUUUCUUGAGGACAACACUGAGGAAGUCUCUCGGAGCUGACAUGGACGACGUGGUCCGAUCGAGCCUCAAGGCUAGUUCGUAA